GGCGACUCGCUACUACUUCCCAGUGUGCCGCAGGCUGUAACACUACAUCACCAUUUGUGGUGCGCACUCUGCUGCUGUUUGUCAGUAAAUAUAUUGCCGGUGAUAAUAUCACAAUGGCGUUCGAGGAGUUUAUAUACGACGUUAAUGAGAAGGGAGAAAAUGUUCUCGUGAAAUCAAUAAACUCCGAUACUCCGGUGACUGUCCGCUUCACGAACCAGACGUCGCGUCCGGUGAACGUGUGGUGGCGCAACUUCGAGGGGAGGCAAGUGUUCUACGGCCGGAUUGAACCGGGCGCGAGUCUCGACCAAGGCACGUUCCUGACACACCCUUGGCAGUUCACGGAUGCGUGCACCGAGCAGUACUACGGGAUCAACAACCGGCGUGUAUUCAGACCGUCGCCGGACCUCGCGGAUCAGACAGCGAACUUCAACAUCACUGCGCCCCAGUGUACCUGUGCGUGGUAGAGAGUCUGUCUGCAAAUGUCUAUUAGGUUUGAGCAUUCUCCUCCUUUCUGCCUGGCAUCCGUUGAGUGCGCUGCGCCACCGACCGAGUACAACACCUCCCGUAGAAGGUGUUACGAGAGCUGACAUUAGCAGUCGCCUGUUUCUGGAACAAAUGGCAGACGGUGUUGUAGACAGAGAGUGAGAGAAUACUGCGAGUGGAAUAAUGUAGUCUUUUGUGUAGUCUUAUGUAUUAAAUAUAUGCGUAUAUUAUUUACUUAUACAUAUAACCUAGUUUUAAGUAAAUACAUGGUUGUUCUGUUGUUGCAUUAUAUAAAAUGUACAAUCAAUCAUAUUCAUGUUGCAUUUAGGUAUCUAGACAUUUAUUGUUAAGUUUAUUUUUGUAUAGGUAAUUAGGUACAUAUCUGAUAAUCUAAGUGAUGUAUCAGUAGGCGAUAAGUUUACACAAGGACAUUAUUUCAUAAGCACCUAUGGGCAAUAAAGAAGACAUAUUCUGAAA